UGCCGCGGCUGUGGCCAUCCGUCAUGCCGAAGCACGAGUUCUCCGUGGACAUGACCUGUGAGGGCUGCUCUAAUGCGGUCAGUCGGGUCCUCAGCAAGCUGGAAGGAGUUCAGUUUGACGUUGACCUGCCCAACAAGAAGGUUUGCAUCAACUCCUCUGAGCACAGCGUGGACACUCUGCUGGAGACCUUGAAGAAAACAGGAAAAGCCGUUUCCUACCUCGUCCCCAAGUAGCAGGGUCCUGGCCCCUGGCCCGGAGGAUGGACCAAAGGGGGCAGACAGACCUGUCACCUGGCAGUCCUGCU